AUGAAGGUGACCAGCUCGAGGGAGGGGGUGGCGGUGGUCGUGACGGCGCUGGCGAGUGGGGCUGCACUCGGCGCGUUCCUGGCGAGCCGCUACUUGCGCACCGCACCCGCACCCGCUGCCGGUGGCCGCAGCCGCAGCCGCAGCCCACCGCCGCCGGGCGGCCACCAACCGCCCCUGCCCGACUUUGUAGAGGCGGCCCUGCACAACUCUCCCACAUCUUCAUCUUCUUCAUCUUCAUCAUCUUCCACAGACGAGGGCUGGCGCCUAUUCUACUGGCCGGGCAUGCCUGGCCGCGGCGAGUUCAUGCGGCUCCUCUUCGAGGCCACCGGAACGGCGUACGAGGACGUGUUCGCGGAGAAGACGUGGCGGGAGGUGGCGCCGCUCAACUACGCCCCGGGCAAGCCCUUCUUCGCCUUCCCCGCCAUCGCCCACGGCGACUUCUUCCUCUCCCAAACCCCCGUCAUCAUCCGCUACAUGGCGAAGAGGCUGAGUGGCGGGGAGCUCUACCCGCGGCACGAGCGCGACCGGUACCAGGCCGAAAUGCUGCUGGCCGGCGUCGUCGACCUGGUGGCCGAGGGGCACGACGCCUGGCACGCGAUCGACAAGAACGGGGGCUACCUGCAGCAGAAGGAGGAGACGGAGCCGUUCGUGCAGUACUACAAGACCAAGCGCCUCCCCAAGUGGCUCGCCUUCUUCGAGGCCGCCCUCCAGCGCAACUACGACGGCCGCGCCUUCUUCAUCGGCCAGGAGCUUUCGUACGUGGACUUGUGCGUGUUCCACGUGCUGGACGGGAUCGCGUUCCAGUGCCCCGAGGAGUGGGCGGCCAGCCAGGUGCCGCUGCUCAAGGCCUUCCACGAGCGCAUCGCGAGCCUGCCCGCCAUCGCCCGCUACCUCAAGAGCGACCGCCGCUUCCCCUUCUCCGGCACCGGCCCCAUUUUCUAA